AAUCAUGUCCAGUAACAGCGGACCCCACGCGUGGCUUUUGAGGAAUUUGUCGCUUAUUCUCGUGAAGAAAUCAUGGACCGUCUCGGGCGGAUAUUUGUGUCCCGCAGCCACGGGGGUGGCGGGCAUCAUUCCUGCCAGGGUUUCACCAUGAUCAAGAGGACCGUCUUCUGAAAUCGGACCCGAGUCUCCGUGUCUGCAGUUAAAAACACACUUUUAUUUUCGUUACAGCCUCAGUAAAUAGAUGUUGCGGUUAGGACUAGUUAUCGGAACGAGGAAGUGUGUGUUAGACCAGCCGGCCGCAUCUCCGACCCCCGGAGGGGAGAUUCUGUUCUGUUUAUUCUGUACCUGUAACAACAAGUUAACAAAACAAACGAGUGUGCGCUCGUUUAUAUGUAAACUCCUGAAGUGCACGCGAACAGUGAACUGCGCUGAAUUAUGUAAGGAAACAAAAAAACAAAAAACAAUGUAGUGCUCUUGGUGGCCGCUUGGGGCGCUGUCUCGCAGCACACUAUUUUACACUCAGAUCGUCGUCCAGCGUGAGGUUUUUUUUUUUUUUUUUCCCCCCCUCCCCUAUUUUUUUUGGCGAGGAGGGGGAUGGCGGGGUGCUGUCUAGGAUCACGGAACAAAGCGGGGUAACUUUUCUCUCCUGAGCUGCACGGGCUUCACGCGACGUUUGCCCACGUGGAUCUUUCCCCUGCGGCUGCCGACGCGUGCAGCGGAACGCAGGAAACAGAAACUGUGCCGAGAACUUCGGAAACGGCCGUUUGACAGAAGUGAGGAUGGGGCGCGCCGGGGACGCGCGCCCGCGGAGCGGUGACGAUCGUCGACGGGCUGAGUGUCAUCACCUCCAAAAGCUCGGACCCUCGGCUUUGAUCUGACUGACUAGCGCCCGCCACACAGCCCUGCUACAGUAAAUAAUGGAUGAAGAAUGCGAGGUGACGGACUGUGAGAUCUCCGAGAGCGCGCGGGACGCGCGUGACGCCGGGGCGGUUCCGAAGCGCGCUCGCGAUUCGCUCCGAGUCCAGCCGCCGUGCGGGGUGCUCAUCUCCACGCUGCUGUACUGCGCCGAGAUCGUGAGCGCCUCGCACCUCUGCGCCACGUACCACGAGUCGGACGACCGCUUCUGGAUGGCGCUCACCAUCACCUUCAUGCUGCUACCGGCGGUGCUGACCCAGCUGGCGCUCACCUUCAUCCACCGGGACCUGGGCAGGGAUCGGCCGCUCGUGCUCUUCCUGCACCUCCUGCUCUUGGGGCCCCUCAUCAGGUGUAUCGAAGCCCUGGUGAUCUACUUGCAGGCCGGCAGGAAGGAGGAGCCCUAUGUCACCAUUUCCAGGAAGAUGCAGUUGAAGAAAGGACAGGCCACGCCCAUGGAGUGGGAGAUCGGCCACUCGGAGCGCAAGCUGGCGGUCCACCGCAACGCCUUCAAGCGCACCGCCGUCAUCCAGGCCUUCCUGGGCUCCACGCCCCAGCUCACGUUGCAACUGUACGCCACCAUCCAGGAGAAGGAGGUUCUCAUAAGCCGAGUCGUCCUCAUGGCCAUCACACUCCUCUCCAUCACCUACGGGGCCCUGGUCUGCAGCGUCCUGGCCAUCCAGAUCAAGUACGACGACUACAAGGUGCGGAUGCGACCGGCGGCCUACCUGUGCCUGGUGCUAUGGCGCGGCCUCGAGAUCGCCGUGCGCGUCUCGGCGCUGGUGCUCUUCAGCACGGCGCUCACCUACUGGGUGGUCCUCAUCGCCCUGGGCAACCUGCUCUUCUUCUUCUUCCUGCCCUGGGUGGAGUUCUGGACGAGGAGGGCCUCGCUGCCCGAGAACGUGGAGAAGAACUUCAGCAAGCUGGGCACCGUGGUCGUGCUGUGCAUGGUGACGCUCCUCUACGCCUGCAUCAACGUCUUCUCCUGGUCGGCCGUGCAGCUGGACUUGGCCGACCGGGACCUCAUAGACAAGCGGCCGCGGUGGGGUCAGCUGGCCGCCUACUACUCGGCGCGCUUCGUGGAGAACGUGGUGCUCGUCGUCCUCUGGUACUUCUUCCGGACGGACUACUACGAGUACGUGUGCGCGCCGCUCCUCGUGGCGCAGCUCGUCAUCUGCUACGGCCUCGCCGUCUUCUUCAUGCUUUUCUUCUACCAGUACUGCCACCCGUGCCGCAGCCUCUUCCGCCACAACGUGGGCGACUGCCUGCGCUGCGUGUGCUGCCGGAGGGGCGCCCCGGCGCAGCCCGACGCGGACGAGGCGCUCAGCCUGCAGGGGGACGCCCCCCCCGACCUCACCAGCCAGCUGGGUGACCGGGAGACGGCCAUAAUCGACGACAUCAUGGACGCGGCUUGACCGACGGCUCCCGGUUGUACGCGCCGCAACGGCACCGCCAAGAGGCCGCGUUGGCGACGGGACCGAAGGUUCGACCCCCGACCGCUCGCGCCCGACCUCGUCUUACUGGAGCCGUUCACCUGGGAUCGAGCCGCUACUGCUCCCCGACCAGGGCAGUCACACCCAGAAUCCAUGAUGCACCCGUAUGAGCAGAAUUUGGUCCUCAUCGAGGGGCUAAUGAGCUCUUCGGACCUCCGGCUCCUACACCGUAUCUGCACUGCACUUUCAGAGGAGAACAAGAUAUACUUUAUACGUUAAAGGAUGCAAUUUUUUGAGAAAUGUCACAUAAGAUGCGGGAAUGUAUUGCUCCGAAUUAAGAAAUGUUACACUGAUGCAGCCCUUGAACAAGUGGGGCUUUGUAACCUGCCCAGCCAGGUGUUUGGGGCUCUGCACCAGGUGUCUACAGACACUUCCAGCUGUUCAGCAUCAGUGGAGGGUGGGAUGGGGUGGGGGAGCAGGGGGGCCUGCUGUCCGCUGUCUGUUCUCGAUACUGGUGGAAGUGAAGAAGUGUCUGCGGAUUAACUUGAGUGUGAUGAGUGUUCCAAGGCAUUUCUCGGGAGGGGAAAAAGGUGGCUUUUUGGGAGGGGGGGGAAACCAGCAGGUUGUUUCAGCUGCUCCCCAGAAGCUCGGAAUUCAGAUGCGGAGGGGAAAGAUACUUUAAAAGUAGCUACUUCCUUGUGCCAGGUGGUGAAUUUAAGUGCAGAGGCUGCGAGUUCACUGCCCGUUUCAGUGAAUUCGAACCCCUUUCCUGCACCGCCCAAGUGCCUUUGUGCUUUUUUUUUUUUUUUAAAUGUGUGUUCCAUGCCUGGCUGGUGUGUCUUAUUUGCACGGAAAUGCCGCUGUGACUUUUUUGCAUUUUGAA